AUGACCGAGCGCAAAAAUUCACAACGGAGAGGUAGUGAUGAGCCACCUAGACCGAACAUGGUGAAUGAUGAAAAACGGAAUAAUCCCAGCUUCUCGAAAGCUCUGACAGCAAUUCAUGUCUAUUCCUACCUGGUACUUUUCUCAUUCAUAGGUACAUUGGUGCGAUUGGUCAUUGAGAGCUUGACCUUCUAUCCAGGAGCGCCUGUGAACACAAGCGUGUUAUGGGCCAAUGUGGGUGGCAGCUGUCUCAUGGGUUUCUUGAGCGAAGACCGCGAACUAUUCCGUGCAGCAGACCCGGAAAUUAGUGAGGAACUUUGGAAUACACAGCAUGCAAUCCGGAAGAAGACAAUUCCGUUAUACAUCGGUCUAACGACGGGGCUUUGUGGCUGUCUGACUUCAUUUUCGACGUUCGCACGGGAUCUCUUCCUAGCCCUGGCCAAUGAUCUCCCCGUCCCCUCCGGUCCUUAUAAAGAGGUCUCUCUCUUCCAGCCGGCCGCAGCAGAUACUAGAGCCCCGAACGGUGGGUUCAGCUUCAUGGCAAUAAUUGCGAUCCUAAUCACCGAGGUCGGGCUCUCCUUGGCCGGAUUGUCGUUGGGCGCACACAUUGCUAUUUUUAUAGCACCUUGGACACCUACCGUCCCCUUCCCUCGCUUGCGUAGAGUUUGGAACCCACUCGUGAUGCUCUUUGCCGGCUCUUGUUGGGUUGCUUUGAUACUCUUGGUAGCCUUGCUGCCCCACUCGCACGACGACAUAUCUCUCUGGGCCCCUGAUAUCUGGCAAGGUCCCUUUCUCUUCGCUUUAGUAUUUUCCCCAAUUGGGUGCCUCCUACGCUUCUUUCUUUCCAUGAGGUUGAAUGGACGUAUACCGCAUUUUCCAUUGGGAACAUUCGUCGUCAAUGUGGGGGGUACGAUGUUAUUGGGGAUGGCAUAUUCCUUACAGCACGCCGCAAUUGCCUCAUCAAACCUGGGAGGGGGCAGUUAUAUCGGUUGUCAAGUCUUGCAAGGUAUCAUGGAUGGAUUCUGUGGCUGCUUCACCACCGUGAGUACUUGGGUCUUGGAGUUGUCCGCCCUUAAACGAGGCCAUGCGUAUUUGUACGGCGGUCUCACGGUGAUGGUUGCGCUAGGCGCUCUGACCAUUGAGAUUGGAAGUCUUCAGUGGACACAAGGCCUUACCACGCCAAUCUGCUUUGCAUAAUAGAACUACAUGACGAAGGGUGGUAUGUAUGCUCUAGUGAACACACUCCUGAAC